AUGGGAGGCUGUCUUACUUUGGGUGGAACAGUUAUUUUUCGGCAUUAACAUGGCGGCUCCUGACAGACUAUCCUUUUUAGAUCCUGGAAUUGCCCUACGGACCAUUUUCCCAAGUAGUUUGCAAAAUGAUUUAUUUCUAAGAAGUCCAGGAAAUAUAUUUAGUAAUGUUCAUUUUGUGCCUGAGAGGGUUGUGCAGUUCUCAAUGAGUCAAGAAGGAGUACGUUACUACAAAGUGCAAUGGCAAGAAACAUGGUUGCCAGAGCAUCAGUUGCUGCAAUAUCAAAAUGUUAUCGAAACAUUUUGGAGAAAUCAAAACGAGAUCAACUCAACACCAUCCGUCAGCACCACACCAAAAGAAUCAGAGGUUAUAAAGCCGAGAAAAGAUAUCGACAGCAGCAAUGAAAGUUUCUUAAAUGCUUUGCAGUCUGACACUGUUGUACUCGAUGCUUCUGCUUUAAGCGUUGGGAGAUCUACUGGUGAGGAGGCUGUGUCCAUACAGGAGCAUGUAGAUACCAGUGCUGAUAAAAAUGAUGUAAAUCAAAAUGAGCAGAAAGAACCUGCAGCCGAUUUGCUGAAAGAAUUUCGUGUUGAAUUAAGUGAACCGAUCAGUGCUCUAAACACUUUACAAAGCUCUGCGGCAAAUACCACUUUGCAAAACACAUCUCCAUCUUCUAACACAGAAUUUAAAGUUAGAACUCCUCUUAGUGCAAGACGUACCAAGUCAAAUACACUGCAUUUAGAGGGGUUCGAUUUAGUAAAUAUAGAGAAUUCAGUUGCAUCCUUUGAAGAAUUAGCCAUACAAGCACGCGAAACAUUGAGUUCUUUUCGAAGAAAGCGUGUACGGUUUCCCAACGGAACUUCAAAAUUACCGCAGACGUGUUUCUUCUGCUCAAAAAUAAUAUCAAAUCGAAAAAAACUACGCGAGCACCAGUUCAGUGUUCACUUUAAAAAUGUUGGUGAAUUUGUAUGCGGAAUAUGUCAACAACGCUUUGUGUUCGCGCGUCAGUUAAAGGCGCACAUGAUUACGCACUCGGAUAAUAGAAAUUUUGCGUGCAAGAUUUGCGGUUUGACAUGCAAGCGUAGAUCUCAUCUGCAUAAACACAUGGAUACGCAUCAAAAAGAAAGAAACUACCGGUGCGAUGUAUGUCACAAAAACUUCAAAGUUCAAGCUGACUUAAAAGAACACUGCUUAGAAGGACACAAAAAUGAGGUCAGUAAAUGUAAUGUUUGCAAACAAACGCUACAUACAGCGUUUUCGGUGUACAUUCACAGUAUGAGACAUUCAGGAACACGGGACUAUGUCUGUGAGAUAUGUGGUGCAAGUUUUAAGCGAAAGCAGCACCUGAUUGCGCAUUUUAAUGUGCACGAAGAAUCGAAGGAUAAAUUGAAAUGUCCAGCUUGUGAUAAAGAGUUCCCGGAUCGAAAGUACUUCCGCAAACAUUUAGAUCAAUCGCACAAGGAGUUGGCGGCGAGCUAUCGUUAUGACUAUGUAUGUGAGAUAUGCGGUAAAGAUUUUGCAUACAAGGGAAGGCUUGAUGUGCACAGGAAAACUCAUGAGAACGAAACUCCAGAAGAAAGAAACCUACGCGUGAGAAAGAAGAAAGUGGAUACGUUAUCAGAGGAGGCUUUCGAGAAAAUAAGCGACAGGGUGGAAAAAGUUGUCGAUCCAAAGACUGGUAGCGUGACAUUGAAGUGCAAGCUAUGCCGACGCCGCGAAUUUCGUAUGAUAUCUAGCCUGGAACGACAUCUAGAGGGGCACAAUACUGGAAGAUCUUUUCUAAAAGCUUCCGGUUCCUACGAGUGCGGCGAAUGUAAGAAAGCCUUCCAUAGUAAGGCUCGUCUGUCGCGGCACAAAGCAAUACAUCAAGCAAGCUUAACGUCGCGUCAGCAGUAUCAAUGUCACAGAUGCAACAAGUCGUUCAAAUGGAAAAGUUGCUUGCAAGUUCAUGCGAAGAAAUGCGUUGCUGCUGUAAACAAGGGUGCAGAAAAACGAAAGGCGACGUUAAAAGCUAAAGAGAAGUUUCGUAAGCAAUUAAGCGAAAUGUCGUCCGAUGCCGCAGAGGACGAUGCAGAUUCUGACGUGUUGUCGGAUAAUAGAGUAGAUCAACAGGGGGACAGCCAAAAUUCCGAAAAAUUUGACGACAUCGAGAUGACAGUUGAAAGAAUGUCGUCGGAUGGUGAUGCAACUGUGGUAGUUGUGAAGAUUGGAGAACAUAGUAUCCAUGUUACAAACAAAGUAGAGAAGGAUGCUUCUGCUCAAAAUAAUGCCGACCCAACAAAUUCAGAAAUAAAGGACUUGGAGAAGAGUAACACAACUGAAACUAUUGGCAAUGAGGUUGCCCUACCUACAACCAACUCUGUAGUCGUCCCACCUACAACCGACACUGAGAUCGUUUUACCUACAGCCGACUCUGAGGUCGCCCUACCUGCAACCGACUCUGUAGUCGUCCCACCUACAACCGACACUGAGAUCGCCCCACUAAUAACCGACUCUGGGGUCACCCUACCUACAACUGACUCUGAGAUCGCUCUACCUACAAUCAACUCUGAGGUCGCCUUACCUACGACUGACUCAAAGAUGGUCUUGCAUACAACCGACUCUGGGGUCGCCCUACCUACAAAUGACAAUAGUGAAAUGUAAUUGAAAAAAAUGGGUGGGUGAUGUGUGGGUGAUGGGUGCUUCACGGUCUUUAUCAGUCGAUGUAAAUAUAUGUAUAUUCGUUCCAUUUGUUUGUUAAACGAGCUUUUAUUUACAUCAAAUCCAAACUGAGUGUGAUAUAGGUGGUUUAAGGCUAAAUUUAUUUAAAAAAGGAUACCUAAAUGUUGUUAAAGUCUGAUAUCCUUGCAUUUGUGUAAAUUAUUUUCUUUUAUGGUCAAAUUAGUACUUAAACUUGUAGAUACUUCUGUUUAUUAUUUAACUUUUUUGGUAUGCACGAGUGUGAUGGAGUAAUGUAUAUACUUUACGAGUUGUGUUGAAAGAAAACAUUUAUUUUUAAA